GGAGAAGUAGGAGAAGAAGAGCACGCGCCCGUGGAGGCAGGAGAGGGUCCGCCCGUCCAGGAUCCCGAGUGAGGGAGAGAAAGAGAGGGGGGCGCGUCAAGAUUUCACGAGGAGGGAUUGGAGAAGCCCCGCCAGGCUGCGGGAAGAGAGGGAGGAGGAGGCGGGUUUUGAGCGGAGGACGGGAGAGAGAGAGACGGGGGAAGGAGAGGGAGAGAGGGAGAGAGAGCAGCCCCGUGCCCCGCUGCCGGCUCGCGCGUGGAGGCAAGCAAGCACCGCGGGCAGCACCUGACCCAAAGACUUCUACCAGCAACACUGGAUGAGAAUUCUACCAUUGACUAGAGCUCACUAACCUCACCGGCAAUAUGGAUUUCGUAAUGAAGCAAGCCCUAGGCGGGGCUACCAAGGACAUGGGUAAAAUGUUGGGAGGCGAAGAGGAGAAGGACCCUGAUGCCCAGAAGAAGGAGGAAGAGCGGCAAGAAGCUCUGCGUCAACAAGAGGAAGAGCGCAAAGCAAAGCAUGCCCGCAUGGAGGCAGAACGGGAAAAGGUCCGACAGCAGAUCCGGGAUAAGUAUGGCCUGAAGAAAAAAGAGGAGAAAGAGGCAGAGGAGAAAGCAGCCCUGGAGCAGCCGUGUGAAGGGAGCCUGACGCGCCCCAAGAAAGCCAUCCCAGCAGGCUGCGGGGAUGAUGAAGACGAAGACGAGGAGAGCAUCCUCGAUACGGUGCUCAAGUACCUGCCCGGUCCACUGCAGGACAUGUUCAAGAAGUAACAGUUAUGCCCACAGCCCCACUCACCCUCCAUGCCCUAGCAACUGCCAACUCAGCACUUGGGCUGGGGCUUAGGAUGGGGAAGGGGG